AUGUUCGCAAAGAAGAAGGCGGAGCGCGUGAGGGAGUUAUCCUCCUCCUCACGCCCCGGAACGGGGAGUUUUUAUUAUGCAGCCAUAUUCCUCGCUGAGCGUGGAGUAAAGAUCAUUGGUGUCUGUGAGCAUGACGCUUUCCUGUCGGCCCCCGAGGGCCUCAACCCAGCAGAUUUGAUGAAAUACAUGAUCAAAAACAAGAGAAGCGCCAAAGGAUAUCCGGGCGCCAAGGAGGCUUCACCUGAACUUUUGUAUACGAAAUGUGACAUUCUUGUGGCCGCUGCAAAAGAGAAAACUAUUACCGCUGAUAAUGCACCUAAGAUUCAAACUAAGAUCAUAGCUGAAGGUGCGAACGGGCCGACAGUACCGGCGGCUGAUGAAAUAUUGCGACAGAAGAAGGUCCUGGUGAUACCAGACCUGCUGUGCAACGCCGGAGGGGUCUCCGUCUCUUACUUUGAAUAUCUGAAAAACCUUAACCACAAAUCUCUAAAGGGAGCGAAAAUAGAUGCCAAAGUGUCUCCGACGCCAGCUUUCGCGUCAAUGAUGUCCGGCGCGAGUGAGAAACACAUCGUGGGCACCGGUCUCGAGUUCUCCAUGACCAAUGCUUGUGCGAACGUGGCUGCCGCAGCUAAAACCCACAAUCUCGGCGUAGACUUACGAACCGCAGCGUACGUUACGGCCAUAGAGAAAAUAUUCGCGACAUACGAUGAGCACGGCUUAGCUUUUUAACAAUAUUUUCUAGCCACGCUUAUGAAAUAUAAACGGAUUAAAUAUAGGCCAGGGACGACUACUUGGGCUACGGUAGCGGGUCGAUCGACUGAGGCUAGCGAUCUAUUUGCAUCAUAUUAGUGAAGAAAGGAAAACUGACUGGGAUUACGGUACUUUUGGGAUGGUGGGGCGACGCGCAUUUCUGGUGCGAGUCUUCGAG